UGGCCUUUCGCGCAUGCGCUCCGGCUAUAGUAAGCGUUGCUAGCGGUACGGUUUGUCCUGAAUGCAUGUAUCUAUACGCUCAGCAUGACAAAACGAUAGUCUAAGUGCUGACAGUCGCUGCUGCGGAUAUUAUGAGCUCCUGUCUCAGGUGUCACUUCUACGAAGUAGCUAGUUAGAUAGUUGUUUACUCGCCGGUGCGUUUCCACUCAUGUGCCCGAAGCCAUGCAGAGACUGAGGUGUUUUAAAAGUUUCUGGCAGUUGCUCAGGUCAAACUGCGAGGGAGCAGCGAAACAGGCAACCAGCUCAAGAUGUUAUAGCCAUGACUCCAGCUCCUUUGGGCUCCUCUUUGACAUAGAUGGGGUCCUGGUCCGAGGCAGGACCCCGAUCCCGGCAGCCAAGCAGUGCUUCAGGAACUUGGUGGACCGCCACGGGAAGUACAAGGUUCCUGUGGUGUUUGUUACAAACGCAGGGAACUGCAUGAGGCAGACGAAAGCUGAGCAUCUGUCUCAUCUCCUUGAGGUCGAGGUGUCUCCAGACCAGGUGAUGCUGUCCCACAGUCCUCUGCGAAUAUUUACCCAGUUUCACAAAAAGUGUGUGCUGGUCUCCGGUCAGGGUCCUGUUGAGGAGGUGGCUCACAACCUGGGCUUUGAGGACGUGGUCACCAUAGAUAUGGUCAGAGAGGCGUACCCUGUCCUGGAUAUGGUGGACCACAACAGAAGGCCCAAAGAGUUUGUUCCACCCAACAAGGACUUACAACCAAUAGAUGCCAUAAUUUUAUUCGGUGAGCCCAUCAGAUGGGAGACCAACCUUCAGCUCAUCAUUGACGUUCUUCUAACCAAUGGAAACCCUGGCAGUACGUGGACCUCGACCCAGUAUCCUCACAUCCCGGUCCUGGCCUGCAAUAUGGACCUGCUGUGGAUGGCAGAGGCGAAAAAUCCAAGGUUUGGCCAUGGCAUGUUCCUGGUUUGCUUAGAGAAUUUGUACAAGAAGGUCACAGGUUAUGAACUGAAGUAUGAGGCUCUGAUUGGUAAGCCGAGUGUGGUGACUUAUAACUACGCCGAGCUGCUGAUUAGACAGCAGGCAGAGAAGCUCGGCUGGAACACACCUGUGAAGACGCUUUAUGCUAUCGGAGACAAUCCCAUGGCAGACAUAUAUGGAGCCAACCUCUACAAUCGCUACCUUCAGGCCUCUAAGCAUACCAACGCCAAAGUGCAGGCCAAGAGCUGCAGAGGAGGAGCGGAUCCCACCGCUCAAUCUGUCGACGACCAUCGUAAAAUGACAUCGGCGGAAAUGGGCGGCGCCACUGUCGCCUACGGGUCAGAGGGGGAUCUCCCCGAGGCCUGCAGCUCCAUCCUGGUCUGUACAGGAGUGUACAGCAGAGACCAGCAGGAGUUGCCUUCAGACCCGGCGCAAACAGUUGCUGAGCAGCACAUCUUCCACGGCCACAGGGACUUCUGUUUCGACCCCACCCUCACACAGCCGUCCUUCGUGGUGCAGGACGUGAAAGAGGCAGUGGAGUUGGUGUUCCAGCAGGAAGGGCGGCCUCUAGAGUAGCACCAGGGGAUGUUCAAAUAGCUCCUCUUUUUUAAAACCUUUCUUUGUAUUCUGGCUGUUACUGUGCAAUUCAGAGUGUAUUCAACAAGCAGUUAUAACCCUAACACUACAAUUUACAGCGGCUCUUAAAGUCUACAUGUCAGGUUUUAUGAUAUUAAAGAAAAAAUGAGCAUGAUAAAUCACUUAAAAACUCUUUUCACCAUUAAUGUGGCACAUAUCAUGUAUGUAUUUGUUUGCUUCCGGAAAAACACAGAAACCGUUUAAAAAAGCAUAAGUGUGCACAACCUUAAGCUAAUCCUUUUGCUCUAAUUCAGCAUUCAGCCUUCUUUAGUAGGAAUCACAUUACCACAUCUUGACUUUAUAGUGUUUUCUUUCCCCCUGCCUUCCAAACAUUCUCCAGAUCUUGAUAUGUAAGAACAUAUCCAUUUUCCACAGCCCACUUUAGUUGACACCAAAGGCUUAGAUUCACCGUGUAAAAUCUCAUUUAACUUUUAACUAUCAAGCAAACAGAUCUUUGCUAUUUGAAAUUAAUCAGAAAUUUAUCUACAUUGACUAAAUACCUCAGGUUCAUGUAAAUAAAAGAAUGUUAAUCUUG